GGGGCAUGGUCAGCGCCUUCUACCUCUUGCUGGUGGAGGACACGGCGGCGCUGUGGAGCCCUUCGUUCGCCUACCUCAAGCUCCUUCAGGGCCUUCUGCUGGGGGUACAGUGCCUCGCGUCGGAAGUGCCCUGUUUGUUCCUAGCUGGAAAAAUCAUCAAGAAACUAGGGUACGCCAAGUCCUUCUCCCUCGCCCUCCUUGGCUUCAGUCUCCGCCUGUGCCUCUACUCCUGCGUCUCGAAUCCUUGGUGGUUCCUGCCCAUCGAACUCCUCCACGGGGUGUCCUUCGCCUUGGCCCUCGCCUGUGUCACCUGCUACGCCAACAGCAUCACUCCCGCCGGCGCUGAGGCGACCAUGCAGGCCAUCUUCGGCAGCGCCUUCCACUGCGCAAGCGGUCUGGGAGGCCUUGUGGGUAGCUGGCUGUUCCACGUGAUGAAUGGCUGGUGGAGAGCCUUUUUCUCAAUGGGAUCAGCUGUUGGUGUGUACGCUGUUCUGUUUACGAUCGUCCACGUGAUCCUGACUCGGGUUGGUAGUGCCAAAUCAGCUGUUCAAAAAGAGAAAGGCGGAGACAGCGAAACCCCCUCGAGCUGCUGCGAAUGCUGAAGGGGAAAGCAACAACAAAUACAAAAUACAUAGUUUGUUAUUUGCUGAGUGUUCGGAGCCAAGAUGUUAUUGUUAUGUUUAUCUUUUUGUGAAGGUUAAGAGAUUGUGUGGCGAGGUCGAAUGGAGAGGGAUGAAUGCUUAGGGUUUAGACAGGGAGCAUGUAAAAGAAAAUAUGAAGAAUGGG